AUGAAGAUACGUAUAUUUCUGCAAAUCUUCUGGAUCACGACGCCGCUAGGCGCCAUUCAGCUUAUACAGCCACCGACACGAGACCCUGUUUUGUGGGAUUUGGGCGUGACAACAACGACGAGAAAGCCUGGAACGGCCCCACUACGAGAUGAAGUUCUCGUCUCCACACAGCUUGGCAAAAUCAUUGGCAGAAAGGUCCAUCUCCAUGAUUUACCCUGGACGCCUCAACAGGACAGAUCUGAACAAAUUCCAAAAGCAAUGUAUUACCCCGAGCCUAACCCCAUGCCGUGGAAGAAUAAUAUUACGGUUUUUGUCUUCAAGGGAAUUCCAUAUGCUGAGCCGCCCACUGGUCAGCGCCGAUUUAAGCCUCCCCAACGCCUCAGAAGUUUUCCGGGAACCAGCCCUUUCAUCGCCGAACGAGAUCCAACUAUUUGCAUGCAGGAUGUGGAGCAAGAACCUCGACUUGGGAUCAGAAAACAGUCCCCAUGGACGGCUAGUGAAGAUUGCCUGUAUUUGAAUAUAUUUUCCCCAGAUGUGAGCGUGGCAUCGGGUCAGCACUAUCCAGUUCUCGUUUUUCUACAUGGAGGGGACUUUCAAACCGGAAAUAUGAACGAUUGGCCUGGGCAUAUCUUAGCAUCAAGAGGAAUGGUUGUAGUGAAUGUACAAUACCGUUUAGGCGCAUUUGGAUUUCUCAGUUUGGGUGAUUCGGAAACCGGCAACUAUGGGCUGCAAGAUCAAAGGGAAGCCCUUCGAUUUGUUAGGGAUAACAUUGCCAGUUUUGGCGGUGACCCAACGGCGGUUACCCUGGCCGGCCAUGAUGCGGGCGGCGUCUCAGCUCAACUACACAUGCUCAGCCCAUUGUCGAAGGGUUUAUUCCGAAGCGCAAUGUCAUUUUCUGGAGCUGAUGUCUCUUAUUGGUCUACUAUCGGCAAAUCAGCUCUUGCAUUUAAUAAUACGAUGAAAUUAGGACAAUAUUUAGGUUGCAUCGACAAGCAAGCCCAAAAUGUUGUUAAUUGUAUUGCUACGAAAGGAGAUCAAGAAAUUGUUCGUGCCUAUACCGAGCCACAGACUCCUAUCGAGUAUAACCGAGAUAUGUUUCUACCAACCAUCGAUGGUCGUGAGAUUCUGGCCCAUCCACUUUGGGCCCUCCGCGAGGCUCCGAUCAACAAUGCCUACAUCCCAUCCCCGGUCCCACUGUACAUUAGUCAAAAUUUACAGGAUGGCUCUGAGGUAAUCGCGCGAAAUCGGCGGCUAGGUGAAUUUCAAGACUACCAAAGUGUCGACUUGAAAAUGAUGGAAGGAUAUACCCUUGAAUAUGUCUUCCGUCACAAUUACACAAUGAAUAAGGAGGCGCUGGUACAAGCAAUUGUCGAUCGAUAUCGCUAUUGGCCAGACCAGUCUGAUAAUUGGAUGCUCGCCGAGAAGUUUAUCGAUCUCUGGACGGAUGCUUACUAUACUGCACCUAUUGCUGAAUCUGCGCAUUUGCAUUCAAACUUAGGAAGGGUGUGGAUGCUCGUCAACGCCUACAAUUUUUCAAGGGGAUACGAAAACUUGCGCUUCAUCCCAGACUGGAUGGCUGCAUGCCGGGAAUGUGAUCUCUAUCUGAUGUUUGGAUACGCUUAUGCCCCGCCGGAAUUGAGACCUCAUUACAUGCACGAUGUGGUGUUCACUGAAGAAGAUCGCAAUGCUACACAAAUUUUUACAAAUAUCAUUCGACGCUAUGUGACGUUCCAGGAUCCAAACUUCCAGUCGGACGAUACCUGGGCAGCGCAUGAACCCAGACGGCAUUGGUAUUUGAAAUUCAACUAUACUCGAUACCAUGCCCUUACCGUACCCGGGGUAUUGAAGCGAGAUUUUCGAUAUGAGACGGUGGCAUUUUGGAAUCAGUAUAUCGUUUCGCUUGUAAACUACAUGACAACCACCUUCCCGCCGGAAGUCGUAUCAGAGCGUCAAACAUUAAUAUAUGCUUAUUGGAUUAUUGGCGUUUUGGUGUUAAUAUUGAUGUUUUUGGCUGUGGCUUCCUUUGGAAUGGGAUAUAAGCUAUGUGAAGUAACGUUACCAAUCGCUAAACACGAAGAACGAGUCUUGGUCGAUUACACAGAUACCUUCCCCUCUCGAGCCAGCGUCACAUCUCCACGUAGCAGCACAAACUAUGGACGUGUUGAAAGAAUGAGUGCUAUU